UGUAUUUAGACACGUUGAAACGUUAAGGUUAACCGCCGUGACGUUUUCACACAAUUUAUAGGUUACUAAACAACUUUUGUUUAUUCCAUUUUAUUUCUGUUAUUAUACUAUUAAGUUUUGUAACUUUAAUGUAAGGUAGUAUAAAAAAAAAUGGUGGUAUUUACUUGUAACCAUUGCGGAGAAACGCUACAGAAGCCAAAGGUUGCAAAACACUACGAAUUUCAGUGUCGUACUGCACCUUUUUUAACGUGCGUCGAUUGUUUUAAAGAUUUCCGGGGAGAAGAGUAUGUAGCACACACAAAGUGCAUAACUGAAGCUGAACGAUACGGAGGAAAGGACUAUGUUCCAAAGGCUAGAGCAAACAAGGGGGAACGAAAGCAACAAGAAUGGAUUAACAUUGUUAGCAAUAUACUGAACAGUGUGACAAAUUUAACAAAUGCUGAGCGAAGUUUUCUAAAUAUGUUGUCAAAGUAUGAAAAUAUUCCAAGGAAGAAAGCUAGAUUUUUAAAUUUUGUGAAAAGUGCCAUAGGCCACAGAGCAAAUCCAGCAAUAGUAGAUAGUGUCUGGGACAAAAUGGAAAGUGCUUAUAAAAAUAAUGUACAAACUGCAGCAGAGAAGCAGCAGCAGCAGCAACAAAAUGGCAAUGCAGAUCAUAAAGUAGACGAGGAACACAAUGUAAGUGAACACCAAGAGAAUAAUAUCAUUGAAAAUCAAAAUAAUGAAAAUAUAUCUAGAGAAAAUCAGAAUGAUGAUCAAAAUAAGAGUAACAAUGAUGCCGAGAUUAAUACUCCAAAUAGUAUUAGUAAGAAGAAAAAUAAGUCUAAGAAGAGAAAAAUAUCAGAAACAGUGGAAGAACAAAUAGCGGAACCUGUGUUGAAGAAAAAGCGUAAAAGCAUUGCUUCAGAUGAUCAGACUGAGGAAAUAGUCCCUAAGAAGAAAACUAAAAAUGGUGUACUUUCCGAAUCGUUGGUUGCUCAAUGUGACGAAGAACAGACCAAUGAGAAGUCAGCUUUCGAUUGGAAAGGUACUAUUCUACACAUAGUACAAAGCAAAGAGGAAAUUUCUUUAAAGAAAUUACAGAAAAAGGUAACUUCUCAGUUCAUGAACUUCUGUUCACAUAAAAUAACUAAUGAGAAGGCAUUGGCAAAAUUUAAUAAAAAACUAAAGAAAGUGCCGGGUAUAUUAAUUGCUGACGAGAAAGUGAAACUAGCUUAAUUUGAGGAACAGUGUAAUAAAAAUUCAUGCGUUGCUAUUAUUUAUGAUUAUUGUCAAUUAGGAUUUAUCGUGGAUAAAUUUAGAACGUUCAAAAUACUAUUAUACAAGGAACACUUUAAUAUUACCUGCUUGUCUUUUCAACAAAAUACAUUGAUUAAAAUGUAUUGACAUCGCGACUUUUACAAUUAAGAAUGUAUGAAUGAUUGUCCAUAAAAUACA